AUGGGAUCAGAUCGAAGAUGGAUGUAUGCUAGGUUAAAAGAUGGUCUAUUGACCUCAGAAUUCAUAGAAGGUAUUGAACAAUUCAUAACAUUUGCUAAGCAACAUCCAGAGUGGAUGGAUGGGGAUAAACUGAAGUGUCCAUGUAAUCAUCGAAAGUGUCAGAAUCGUAAUUAUGCUGAUGAGAAUACAAUUCGGUUACAUUUGAUGAAGCAUGGAUUUGUGCCAUAUUAUUAUAAAUGGAUUCUACAUGGGGAACCCCGCACAAGUGAUAUUGAUAGUCAAAACAUAAAUGUUAUGAUAGCGGAGUCUGUUCAAGAGGUUGAUAAUAGCACAAGCAAUACCUAUGAGCAAAUGGUAAUGGAUGCAGCAGGUCCUGAUUUCUUUCAGGAUGUAAUGGAGGAGCCUCCAAAUCCAUCAGCUCAAAAAUUGUAUGACAUGUUACAAGCUGCUAAUCAAGAGGUGUGGCCAGGUUGUGAAAGCCAUUCGCAGCUCUCAGUUGUUGCAAGGAUGUUGAACAUCAAGGCAGAACAUCAUUUGUCAGAAAGGUGUUUUGAUGACAUUUGUCAACUUAUGAAAGAGGUGUUACCGGAUGAAAAUUUAAUGACUGAAAACUUUUACAGUACGAAGAAGUUGGUUCAAGCAUUGGGCCUACCUGUUGAGAAGAUUCAUUGUUGUACUAAUGGAUGUAUGUUAUAUUGGGCUGAAGAUAGUGAGUUAACGAAUUGCAAAUUUUGUGACCAUCCACGGUUCAAACGACAUAGUCGAGGCUCUUCUAAUUUUCAAACCAAUGUGCCACAUAAGAAAAUGUACUACUUUCCUCUCACACAGAGAUUGCAAAGAUUAUAUGCUUCGAAUGCAACAGCAAAAGAAAUGAGAUGGCAUGCUGAGCAUGACCAUGAAGAUGGGGAAUGUAAGGCUAGGACUGUGCACCGAUGGGUUUCAACCAUUCGGCCACCGACAACAAUAUUCAUCUUGGCUACCAUUGUCACUCCUUACAAUUUGCCUCCUUGGUUAUGUAUGAAGGAAGACUUGUGGGAAGUUGGAGUUGAGACAUAUGAUGCAUCAAAGAAGAAUAAUUUUAAUAUGAGGGUUGCGUUAUUAUGGACAAUAAGUGAUUUCUGCAUAUUCAAUGUUAUCGGUUGGAGCACAAAGAGCAAGACCGCUUGUCCAUAUUGUAGGGACGAUUCAGAUGCAUUCACAUUGACAAAGGGUGAUGAGAAUAACAGUUGCAAAGCAAAAAACACGGGUUGGAAGAGACGGAGCAUUUUUUGGGAUUUGCCAUAUUGGAGUACUAACAUGCUUCGCCACAACCUGGAUGUCAUGCAUAUAGAGAAAAAUGUAUUUGAAAAUAUUUUUAAUACUAUGAUGAAUGUUGAAGGGAAGACGAAGGACAAUGCAAAAUCAAGGGAAGAUUUGAAAGAGUUUUGUCACAGACCUGAGUUAGAGAGGGAUAUGGCAACAGGAAAGUAUCCUAAAGCAUGUUACACAUUAGACAAACAAUCAAAAGCAGUGUUGUGUGAAUGGCUUAAAAAUCUUAGAUUCCCAGAUGGUUAUGUGUCAAACAUGGGUAGGUGUAUAGACAUGCGAAAACUAAAGUUGUUUGGGAUGAAAAGCCAUGAUUGUCAUGUCUUUAUGCAAAGAUUACUCCCAAUAGCAUUUAGGGAAUUGCUUCCAAAAAAUGUGUGGCAAGCAUUGACCGAAUUGAGCAAUUUCUUUAGAGAGUUAACUUCAACAACACUUAGAGAAGAAGCCAUGUUACUGACUCAAUGA